AUGUUCUCCAAUAAAAAUUACGAGCGCGAUGUGGAUUACGCCUUCAGGCUGAGCCGCUUCGUCUUUCGUCUGCUGGGCGACUGGCCCUACGCGCGCGCAAGGUCCUGGCUGCCGGAGGCCGUCGAGAGAGUCGCGGUGGUCCUCGUGUCCAACCUUCUCCUCACCUGCGAGCUGGUCCCGGCGAUCCUCUACAUGGCCAUCGUGCAGCGGGAGACUCGCGCCAGACUGAAGGUCCUCGCCACCGUGAUAUUCGCGUUGCUGACGAUGGCCAAGUACGGUAAACUGCUGAUCAGCCGGGACCAAAUGAGAAAUUGCCUCGCGCAGGUCGAGGACGAUUGGCGAAACGUCGUGUUCUCGCGCGAUCGCGACGCGAUGCUUGACAAGGUCAGAACCGGCAGGUGUUUGCUGAUAACAGGCGCCACAUUCAUGUACUCCACCGGGGUGUCCUUUCGCACGAUCAUACCGCUGUCGCACGGCAAGAUCGUCACCAAGCAGAGCGUCACGAUCAGACAUCUACCGUGCCCGAGUUACUUCGUUCUGUUCGACGUGCAACUCAGCCCCGCUUACGAGCUCGUAUUCCUCGCGCAGUUCUUCUCGGAUUUCGUCAAAUGCACGAUCACGACGGCGGUGUACGGCCUCGCGGGCACAACCGUCAUGCAUAUCUGCGCGCAGCUGGAGAUCCUGAUAGUCCUGAUGAACAAUCUGUUUCCUUCAACUGGUGCAGAAUCUCCUAUACAAUAUGCAAGUUUAAUGGAAAUUUUAGGAUUGGCCGUAUGUCUCAUAGGAUAUUUUGUUAUCCUGGAAUGGGAGGAUAACAAUGCUGCAGCUCGGUGUCCAUUGGACUUACAUCAAUUAAUUUCAACAUUUUCAUCUUUUGCUUUAUCGGUGAACAACUUUUGGCGAAAGUACAUUAUCACGUUAUCAAAGUAA